AUGCGUCCCGAAAUCGAGCAGGAGCUCGCCCACACCUUGCUGGUGGAGCUGCUCGCCUACCAAUUCGCCUCGCCCGUGCGAUGGAUUGAGACCCAGGAUGUCAUCCUCGCCGAACAGCGCACCGAGCGCAUUGUUGAGAUUGGUCCCGCAGAUACCCUCGGUGGCAUGGCCCGCCGGACGCUUGCCUCGAAGUACGAGGCUUACGAUGCUGCCACAUCCGUCCAGCGUCAAAUUCUCUGCUACAACAAAGACGCCAAGGAGAUCUACUACGACGUCGACCCAAUCGAAGAAGAGCCCGUUGCUGAGCCCGCCGCUGCCACCGCUGUGACCGCUGUCGACAUCCUGCGUUCCCUGGUGGCCCAGAAGCUGAAGAAGAGCUUGGCCGAUGUGCCAUUGUCAAAAGCUAUUAAGGAUCUCGUAGGAGAUGCACUAACUCUUGGUUGUUUCACUUCACUAGGCAAAUCCACAUUACAGAACGAAAUUCUCGGUGACUUGGGCAAGGAAUUUGGCUCUACACCGGAGAAGCCUGAGGAUACCCCGCUGGACGAGCUUGGUGCCUCAAUGCAGGCGACCUUCAACGGCCAAUUGGGCAAGCAAUCCUCCUCACUUAUCGCCCGUAUGGUCUCUUCCAAGAUGCCCGGUGGCUUCAACAUCACAGCCGUUCGCAAAUAUCUCGAGACUCGAUGGGGACUGGGCGCAGGCCGCCAAGACGGCGUGCUGCUGCUCGCCAUUACAAUGGAGCCGGCCUCCCGUCUCGGUGCCGAGCCUGAUGCCAAGGCUUUCCUGGACGAUGUGACCAACAAAUACGCUGCCAGUGCUGGUAUCAACCUCUCCGCUCCUGCGGCCGGUGGUGACAGCGGUGCUGGCGGUGGUGGCAUGAUGAUGGAUCCCGCUGCUAUUGAUGCCCUCACCAAGGACCAGCGGGCUCUAUUUAAGCAACAAUUGGAGGUCAUUGCUCGCUAUCUGAAGAUGGAUCUUCGUGCUGGUGACAAGGCUUUCAUCACCUCGCAAGAGACCCAGAAGGCCCUCCAGGCCCAAAUUGACCUGUGGCAGGCCGAGCACGGAGAUUUUUAUGCCUCCGGAAUUGAACCAUCGUUCGAUCCUCUCAAGGCCCGUGUUUAUGAUUCCUCAUGGAACUGGGCUCGCCAGGAUGCCCUCAGCAUGUACUAUGAUAUCAUCUUUGGCCGUCUGCAGGUUGUUGACCGUGAGAUUGUCAGCCGGUGCAUUCGUAUCAUGAACCGAUCCAACCCUCUUCUCCUCGACUUCAUGCAGUACCACAUCGAUAACUGCCCCACUGAACGCGGCGAGACCUACCAGCUCGCCAAGGAGCUCGGACAGCAGCUCAUUGAGAAUUGCCGUGAAGUGAUGGACGUUGCACCUGUUUACAAGGAUGUUGCCGUUCCCACUGGUCCUCAAACGAGCAUUGACGCCCGUGGCAACAUCGGCUUCAAGGAGAGCCCCCGCGCCAGUGCCCGGAAAUUGGAGCACUACGUCAAGCAGAUGGCUGAAGGCGGCCCCAUUUCGGAGUAUAGCAACCGUAAUAAGGUUCAGAAUGACCUGAAAAACGUCUACAAGCUGAUCCGCAAGCAACACCGCCUCUCCAAGGCAUCCCAGCUUCAGUUUGAUGCUCUCUACAAGGAUGUUCUGCAUGCUCUUAGCAUGAACGAGAGCCAGAUCAUUCCCCAGGAGAAUGGCAAGAAGUCUGGCCGCAAUGGCCUCAAGCGCAGCACUUCUCGCCCGGGCAAGGUUGAGACCAUCCCCUUCCUGCACCUGAAGAAGAAGACCGAGCACGGCUGGGACUACAACAAGAAGCUUACCGGUAUCUAUCUGAACGUCCUGGAGUCAGCUGCCCGUUCUGGUUUGACUUUCCAGGGCAAGAACGUCCUCAUGACCGGUGCUGGUGCCGGUUCCAUCGGCGCCGAGGUUCUCCAGGGCCUGAUCAGCGGUGGUGCCAAGGUUAUCGUCACCACCAGCCGCUUCUCUCGUGAGGUGACUGAGUACUACCAGGCCAUGUACGCCCGCUACGGCGCCCGUGGCUCUCAGCUGGUUGUGGUGCCUUUCAACCAGGGCAGCAAGCAAGAUGUUGAGGCUCUGGUUGACUACAUCUAUGAUACGAAGAAGGGCCUUGGUUGGGACUUGGACUUUGUCGUUCCGUUUGCCGCCAUCCCUGAGAACGGUCGUGAGAUCGACUCGAUCGACUCCAAGUCGGAGCUUGCUCACCGUAUCAUGCUGACCAACCUCCUCCGCCUCCUGGGUUGUAUCAAGACUCAGAAGCAGACCAACGGCUUUGAGACUCGUCCCGCCCAGGUCAUUCUGCCUCUGUCUCCUAACCACGGUACUUUUGGUAAUGACGGUCUGUACUCCGAGUCCAAGCUUGGCCUGGAGACCCUCUUCAACCGUUGGUACUCUGAGAACUGGGCCAACUACCUUACCAUCUGUGGUGCUGUCAUCGGAUGGACUCGUGGUACCGGUCUCAUGAGCGGUAACAACAUGGUUGCUGAGGGCGUUGAGAAGCUUGGUGUUCGCACCUUCUCCCAGCAGGAGAUGGCAUUCAACCUUUUGGGUUUGAUGUCCCCUGCUGUGGUCAACCUGUGCCAGCUUGAUCCUGUCUGGGCUGAUCUCAACGGUGGUCUUCAGUUCAUUCCCGAUCUCAAGGGCCUGAUGACCAAGCUUCGGACUGAUAUCAUGGAGACUAGUGAUGUUCGCCAAGCUGUCAUCAAGGAGACCGCGAUCGAGCACAAGGUGGUUAACGGUGAGGACAGCGGUGUCUUGUACAAGAAGGUCGUCGCCGAGCCCCGUGCCAACAUCAAGUUUGAGUUCCCCCAGCUUCCCGACUGGGAGAAGGAGGUCAAGCCCCUCAGCGAAUCUCUUAAGGGUAUGGUCAAUCUCGACAAGGUGGUCGUUGUCACCGGUUUUGCCGAGGUCGGUCCCUGGGGUAACUCCCGUACCCGUUGGGAGAUGGAGGCCCACGGCAAGUUCUCCCUGGAGGGCUGUGUUGAGAUGGCCUGGAUCAUGGGUCUGAUCAAACACCACAACGGUCCUCUCAAGGGCAAGGCCUACUCCGGCUGGGUUGACGCCAAGACUGGUGACCCUGUUGACGACAAGGAUGUCAAGCCCAAGUACGAGAAGUUCAUCCUGGAGCACACUGGUAUCCGUCUCAUCGAGCCGGAGCUGUUCAAGGGAUACGACCCCAAGCAGAAGCAGCUGCUUCAGGAGAUCGUCAUCCAGGAGGACUUGGAGCCCUUCGAGGCCUCGAAGGAGACCGCCGAGGAGUUCAAGCGCGAGCACGGCGACAAGGUCGAGAUCUUCGAGAUCCCCGAGUCUGGAGAAUACACCGUCCGUCUUCGCAAGGGUGCCAACCUGCUUAUUCCCAAGGCCCUGCAGUUUGACCGUCUUGUUGCUGGUCAAAUCCCCACUGGCUGGGAUGCCCGCCGCUACGGUAUCCCUGACGACAUUAUCGAGCAGGUGGAUCCUGUCACCUUGUUCGUCCUUGUCUGUACUGCCGAGUCGAUGCUGUCUGCCGGUAUCACCGACCCCUACGAGUUCUACAAGUAUGUCCACCUUUCAGAGGUUGGUAACUGCAUUGGUUCCGGUAUCGGUGGUACCCACGCUCUGCGUGGCAUGUAUAAGGAUCGCUACCUCGACAAGCCCCUGCAGAAGGAUAUCCUGCAGGAGUCUUUCAUCAACACCAUGAGUGCCUGGGUGAACAUGUUGCUCCUGUCCUCCACCGGUCCUAUCAAGACCCCUGUCGGUGCCUGUGCUACUGCUGUCGAGUCCGUCGACAUCGGUUACGAGACUAUUGUUGAGGGCAAGGCCCGUGUCUGCUUUGUCGGUGGUUUCGAUGACUUCCAGGAGGAGGGAUCCUACGAGUUCGCCAACAUGAAGGCUACCAGCAAUGCUGAGGACGAGUUCGCUCACGGCCGUACCCCGCAGGAGAUGUCUCGCCCGACUACUACCACUCGUGCUGGAUUCAUGGAGUCGCAGGGUUGCGGUAUGCAGCUCAUCAUGAGCGCGCAGCUUGCGCUUGACAUGGGUGUGCCCAUUCAUGGUAUCAUCGCCCUGACUACCACUGCCACUGACAAGAUCGGUCGUUCCGUUCCUGCCCCCGGACAGGGUGUCCUCACCACUGCCCGUGAGAACCCCGGCAAGUUCCCCUCGCCUCUGCUUGAUAUCAAGUACCGCCGCCGCCAGCUGGAGCUUCGCAAGAAGCAGAUCAAGGAGUGGCAAGAGUCUGAGCUGCUCUAUCUGCAGGAGGAGGUUGAUGCUAUGCAGGCUCAGAGUGAUGAGUCCUUCAACGCCUCUGAGUAUAUGCACGAGCGUGCUCAGCACAUCGAGCGCGAAGCUGUUCGUCAGGAGAAGGAUGCUCAGUUCAGCCUUGGCAACAACUUCUGGAAGCAGGAUUCCCGCAUUGCUCCUCUGCGCGGUGCUCUGGCCACCUGGGGUCUUACUGUUGACGACAUCGGUGUCGCUUCUUUCCACGGUACCUCCACCGUUGCCAACGACAAGAACGAGUCAGACGUCAUCUGCCAGCAACUCAAGCACCUGGGCCGCAAGAAGGGUAACGCCGUUAUGGGUAUCUUCCAGAAGUAUCUUACCGGUCACCCCAAGGGUGCCGCCGGUGCCUGGAUGUUCAACGGCUGCUUGCAGGUUUUGGAUAGCGGUCUCGUCCCUGGUAACCGCAAUGCCGACAAUGUUGAUAAGGUCAUGGAGAAGUUCGACUACAUUGUGUACCCCAGCCGCAGCAUCCAGACCGACGGCAUCAAGGCUUUCUCGGUCACCUCCUUCGGUUUCGGUCAGAAGGGUGCUCAGGUCAUUGGUAUCCACCCUAAGUACCUUUAUGCCACCCUUGACCAGUCUCAGUACCAGACCUACAAGAACAAGGUCGAGUCGCGCCAGAAGAAGGCGUACCGCUACUUCCACAAUGGCUUGAUCAACAACAGCAUCUUCGUCGCCAAGAACAAGGCUCCUUAUGAGGACAACCAGCAGAGCAAGAUCUUCCUCAACCCUGAUUACCGCGUGAGUGUGGACAAGAAGACCUCAGAGCUGAAGUACUCUGCCACCUUCUCCAAGGCCGAGGAUCCCAGCGCGGAGAGCACUCGUAAGAUGGUUGAGUCUCUGGCCAAGGCCAACGCCUCCGAGAACUCGAAGGUCGGCGUGGACGUCGAGGACAUUCUGGCUGUCAACAUCUCCAACGAGACUUUUGUCGAGCGCAACUUUACUGCGAGUGAGCAGGAGUACUGCCGCAAGGCCGCCUCGCCCCAAGCCUCGUUUGCGGGCCGGUGGAGUGCCAAAGAGGCUGUUUUCAAGUCGCUGGGCGUCAGCAGCAAGGGCGCCGGCGCUCCCCUGAAGGAUAUUGAAAUCGGAAGCGAUGCCAACGGCGCUCCCGUGGUCAAUCUCCUCGGUGCCGCCGCCGCCGCCGCCAAGCAGGCCGGCGUCAAGCAGGUCACUGUCAGCAUCAGCCACAGCGAAUCUCAGGCCGUUGCCGUUGCGGUUUCGCAGUUUUAA